AUGUCAGAAACUUUCUUACACAUCGAUGUCUCAAAAAAUACGGAACCAUCUCAACAUCUCAGCCCGACUCAGCUCAACGCUACGCCUCAGACUAAUUCUAUCACCUUAAAACAGCUUUACCUGAAUCCUUUCCCCGUCAGUGAAGCUAAAAAGAGAGAUCUUCUCAGUUUAUGCACUAAGAAAAUAAUUCCUGAGGAAUAUCAUGGUUGGUACUCUUCUUUACCAACUGCAACCAAUGAAGCAGAUCAUUUACCUGAACCUUCGGUUGACGAAGAGUCAUCGCAAGAUUAA